AUGAUUACGCGCUGGGUCGACCCGCCAAAAAAUGCCCAACGAAUUCCCGCCAUGUCGUUGGCUCUCGCUUCUCCUAAAACCCUAUCCCCUUUCUCAUUUCUCUGCAACCCUAACAAACCAAACCCCCAAAUCCAUAACCUAAUCCCCAAAUUCGCAACCCUAAACCACAACCCACUCCCCGAUUCGUCCCCAAUUGACCGAAAAUCGGAGCAGCAAACCGAACGGGGUCUCAAAUUCGACACCGGCGAGACCUUUUUCCGGCAAGAAAGCGCCACCGGCCGGGACCUGGGGGUCCUGGCGGCGACGCUGUACAAGAAAUCCAGAGGGAGAUUGCGAAUACUGGAUGCGCUCUGCGGCUGCGGGAUUAGGUCCCUGAGGUACCUGGUGGAGGCUGAAGCAGAUUUUGUUUUGGUGAAUGACGGAAAUGUCGAGAGCCGGGAUGUCAUCACGGCGAACCUGUCGCAGGUGGAGAGAGGCUCCGGCGAGGAGGAGGAGAGGUGGAGGGUGACGCUUAUGGAUGCGAAUAGGAUAAUGACCGAGUGUUAUUUGAACAGGGAUUUCUAUGAUCUGAUUGACAUUGAUUCGUUUGGGAGCGACUCGUCGUUUCUCCGGUCGGCGAUUAAUGCGUUGAGGAUGGAUGGGUUGCUGUAUGUCACCUCCACCGAUGGUUUCUCCUCCGGUGGGCGCAGGCCGCAACAAACUUUAGCUGCGUAUGGAGCGUAUGUUCGGCCUAUGCCAUAUUCGAAUGAGCUGGGUUUGAGAAUGCUUAUUGGAGGGGUGGUCCGGGUGGCUUCUGUGAUGGGGUAUCGUGUUACUCCGCUGUUUUCAUACUAUUCGUAUCAUGGACCUGUUUUCAGAGUCAUGCUACGAGUCAUUCGUGGAAAGCUGCCUGAUAGCAGGCAUUAUGGUUUUAUCAGCUACUGCCGCGACUGUGGAAAUUCUCAAGAGUUCUCUUGGGAGGAACUUGGGAGGAUCUGUUGCCCCUGCAGUGAUUCAAAGGUUUCUAUGUCACUUGUUGUUUCUGGUCCUCUGUGGACGGGGCCUCUUCAUGAUACUUCUUACAUUACGGACAUGUUAACUUUAGCAAAAGAAUGGGGAUGGGCGGGCAGUGACACAGGAACGGAUCUUGACAAACUUUUGAAUACCAUGGCGGCUGAGAGCGACCCCAUAUUACCGUUUGGCUUCAUCAACUUGGACGAAGUUGCAAGCCGUGCCAAAGUAAAUUCACCAGCGCUCAAAGCCGUGGUGUCUGCCCUUCAAAAGGAGGGAUAUGCUGUGAGUAGGUCACAUAUUGAGUCCAACGCACUCAAGACCAACUGUCCCAUGUCAGAAUGCAUUAGAAUUGCGCAAGAACUACAACAAUGAUACCGUGCCGAAUGAUUCUGCUCCCAGUGCUCAGGCCAGUUCAAGUCGCACCUAAUUCUGUUUCCUGGUCGAAGUAUGCAGGAGUCGGGUGUUCGAGGAUGGAAGAAAUGUCCCCACUCCGUACGAAAAUGUGCUUGUGUACUAACUACAUCGGACUCUUUCUAUGUUAGAUUGAUAGAAAUGGUAGACCCAACAAAUUUUUCCAACACUACAACAGAGUUAUAGUGGUUCCGCCCAUUUGAUUCAUGGAAGGUUCAAAGAAAAACUUCUAGUCCCAACUCUCAAGCAGUAAGGAUUAUACUUAUGAUUGUAAGGUCAGAUAUGAAUCAGAUGGCCGGAUGAGACGGGGCAACCGCAAACCAUUAGCAAUCGCAACUACAAUUUGGAGAGCUUUUUACAGUCGCACGAGGGAUGAAAUUCAAGCUUUCAUGCACGCAUAAAAUUCAUGUUUUUGCUCAAAAGGGUAAAGAUGAAGCAUGAGCAUCCAAAUAAUAGUUUGAAUGUUGAAUUGGGAUGAAACAAACCAUGAAACAAAAUCUCAAUUAACUAUUUUAAGUUGCAUUAUCAGCACAGCAAAACUUCCACAAACAACAGUUUAAAUCCUGGAGUUGAAAUAAAAGCCAUAACAAAAGACUAACUACACAAAACUGAGGUCCAGCGAGUUGUGUAGCUAAA